AUGUUCAAGUUACAGUACGAUUGGGGCAAGCUGGGAAAGGAUGGUAGCAAGGUGGCCGAAUAUGCUCGUCAUCAACCCGGUUUCGUUUACGAUGAAUCAAAACCUUACGCUGAACUAUGGAUGGGUACCCAUCCUUCCCUUCCUACUCGCCUUGCGAGUGACGGUCAACCCCUCUUGGCAGAUUAUAUCGCUCGUGAUCCAAAGAAGCUACUUGGUGAACGAGUUGCGGCCAAGUAUAAUUCGGAGUUGCCAUUCUUGUUCAAAAUCCUGGCCAUUCGUAAAGCACUCUCGAUCCAAGCACAUCCCGAUAAAACCCUUGCUGAAAGGUUACAUCGUGAAAGACCGGAAAUUUACAAAGACCCUAAUCACAAGCCUGAGAUGGCUGUUGCUUUGACACCCUUCGCGGGAUUUUGUGGUUUUCGCCCUUUGGAUGAAAUCGCUGGCUUCUUACGCACUAUACCCGAGUUUGCCGCGGUAGUAGGCAAAAAGGCUGCGGAGUCAUUCCUUUCUGCGACAAGCAACUCCACCUCAACAACAGAUCAAAAGUCUGACCUCCGCGCCUUGUUCAGUGCUUUGAUGAAUGCGAACGCAGAGCAUGUAUCAGAGGAACUUGGAAAACUGGUCAGCCGCUUGACCACUGAAGCGCAAGAUGGAGUUCUUGAACGAUUGGUCAUCGAGCUCGACAAACAGUUUCCACGAGAUGUGGGAGUAUUUUGCACCUAUAUGCUCAACUUAGUGCACCUCGAACCUGGACAAGCCGCUUUCCUAAGCGCCAACGAGCCGCACGCUUAUCUCAGUGGAGAUAUCGUGGAGUGUAUGGCGACAUCCGACAAUGUCGUUCGGGCAGGCCUGACACCCAAAUUACGUGAUGUCAACACGCUCGUGGAGAUGUUGACUUACAAAUGUGGCUCAGCUUCAAGCCAGCGACUCGAGCCCACCAACUACAAAACGUGCACUCACACAGUCCUUUACGACCCACCUAUCGCGGAAUUCUCUGUGCUUGCCACCACACUUGGUCCGAACCAGACAGACUGUCAUCCACCAAUUGAUGGCCCUUCCAUCGUUAUUGUCACCUCUGGUACCGGCGGUAUCGACUCGGCUUCAGUCGAGAAAGAGGGACAAGUGUACUACUUACGUCCAAAUGAACAGGUCAAAUUGAACAGUGGAUCCAAUGGUAUGAUCUGUUACCGUGCCUUUGUAGAAGCAUAG